CAACUUUCGUUUUUGCAUUCAUCAUGGCCGACAAGAUGAAAGAAAAACCCAGCGGAAGGUCUUUAGAGGAUAUGGAGAUAUUCAAACAUCCUAUGUGUUUGAUUAGUAGCGAAAGUGUGGAGGAUGAAGAUGGUGAAGAAAUAAUCAAAAUGGAGGAGGAGCAGGAAGUACUUAACCAACUUAAACAGAUUGAUCUGCCAAUGGUUAUUGUAGCCGUGGUAGGUCUAUACAGAACUGGCAAAUCAUACCUGAUGAAUCUUUUAGCAGAAUCAACAACAGGUUUUGCAUUGGCUGACACGAUUGAACCGAAAACCAAAGGUAUUUGGGUAUGGUGUAAAAUGCAUCCAAAAAUGUCGGACACAGUUUUGUUGCUACUUGAUACAGAGGGUCUUGGUGAUGUUGAAAAGGGCGACCCAAGUCAUGACAACAAUAUAUUUACAUUAGCGACACUUUUGUGCAACUGCCUGGUUUAUAAUGUGAAGGGAGCAUUCGAUAACGACGCUGUCUCUAAACUCACAUUUGUAACAGAAAUGGAAAAGAAUAUCAGGUUUCGUGGUGAAUCAUCAGAAGAUAACAAGACUUUGAAUUUGAUACUGCCAGAUUUCGUUCUUUGUUUGAGAGAUUUCUGUCUAAAGCUGGUCAAGGACGGAAAGCCGAUAUCAGCAAAUGAAUAUCUUGAGAAAAGCUUAGCUGAAAACAAAGGCAAAGCAAAAAACUUCAAUAAACCACGAGAAUGCAUCAGAAAAUACUUUCAGAAACGCAUGUGUUUUGCAUUCCCUGUGCCGGGUGAUUGUGAUGUCCUUGAAAAUCUGGAAUAUCUGAGAUUUGACGAUUUAUCUGUCAUGUUUCAAGAUGUCACUUCCCAAUUUUUAUCUCACAUUUACAGCAUACCACCAAAACAAUUGUUAACAAGUAAACCAGUAAAUGGGCGAAUGUUUGUAACCUUGGUAGAGAGCUACGUUACAGCAAUCAAACACGGUGCCGUUCCAGAUGUUAAUGAUGCAUUUGAAAGAGUAGCAAACAUUGAAAAUGCUACAAUUGAAAAAGUGGCUGUAGAUAUGUUAUCAAAUGAAAUGAAAGGGAUUGAGUUAUCAGUCUCUACUGAUAAUUUACGGCGCAUUUAUAUAAACGCCCAACAAACAGCGCUGGACUAUUUUCGAAGGAAUGCUGUCCUUGAUACAAAUGGCAAAUAUGAAAAAAAAGUUCAGGUAAAAAUGGAUAAAGUUUGGGAUAAAACCAUUGAAAAGGAUGAGAAAAGUCGAAGUAGGGAUAACUUAUUAAAGGAAGCGCUAGAUAAACAGAGGAUAGAUCUAGAGAAAGAUUUCCUUAAGAAUCUAGAAAUUGAAAGAAAAAAAUAUGAAGUGUUGUUGGAAGAAAAGUUCAUUCUUAAAAAAGAAGAAGCACAAAGAGAAAAUGAAAGAUAUAUAAGUGAGCUGGAGGAAAGGAAGAAACAACUAGAAACAGAAAGAGAAAAGUCAAGACGACAUGCCGAAUUAUGUAGGAAACAAGAAAAAGAAAGGCAAGAUGAAGAAAGGCGGCACAGAGAAAACUUCGAUAAAUUAUUAAAGGAACACCAGCAGGCGCAAAUGGAAGCGUUAGAUAAAAUGAGAAAAGAUCAAAAGAAAGAUCUAUUUGAACGUCUAGAAAUUGAAAGAAAGAAAUAUGACAUGCUGUUGGAAGAAAAGAUGAAACUUGUAAAAGAAGAAUCACAAAGAGAAAUUGAAAGAUAUAGAAUAGAGUUAGAAGAAACAAAGAAACAAUUGGAAACAGAAAGAAAAAAAGCAGAAAGGGAAUCUGAAAUAUAACGAAAACAAGUAGAAGAUAUUCAAG